AUGGCUAUCAACGCCCCCGCCCCGGCUAUCAACCACGAUGAGCCUCAGAAGACAACCUCGGGCGAGAAGCCCAAGCCUAAGCCAUUGCUUCAGGUUCAAGCUCCUUUGAGCUGGCAAAAGAGUGUCUUGGCUACGUUGGACACUGGGUUCUCACCAGUCGACACAACCAAGCUGAAGAGCCCAUUGAGAGCGUUCAACAUCAACAUGAUCUCGGAUCUGGAAAUUGGUUCCCCCAUUGACUCUUCCGAGGUCGAAAUUCAGAGCCCCCUCAGAGCCUUCAGCAUCAACUUGGCUUCCGACGACGCCGUCCCAGGCUCUCCCAUUAACCCAUCCGACUUGAAGAGCCCCCUUAGAGCCGUUAGCAUCACCACAGGUCCCGCACUUUCGCUGGAAGAUGCCUCAAAGCAGGACAACUUCAUUGUUGCAGAUGACGAGAAGAUCACAUUGCAGCGUCCUGCUUCUAUCCCCACGCCCCCUCCCGAGCAGUCCAGCGAGACUGAGAUUGCCCACAAGAUCAUGGAUAUUUUCCAGCAAUACGGCAGACAUAUUCUUCCCGAGGGCGAGACCGAGCACACCUGGAUUGGUCGCAAGAUGUUCCUCCCUCGCGUGGAGCAAUACAUCAGGGAUAACGUCCCCAUCAAGAUGAUCAUUCCCUCAUUCCCGUGGAAGAGCAUCAACCGUGUCGAUAAGGUUAUUGGUGUCUUGCCUGACCUGGGCGAGGACUUGGCACUUGCCAGGAUGAACGCUCUUUGCGAAGACAUUGGCAAAGUCUACAGCGGCGGCGCUGAGGUUCACAUUGCCACUGAUGGUUUGGUCUUCAACGACGUUGUCGGUAUCUCAGACGACGAGACUUGGGAGUACGGUUCUACGCUUAUGGACAUGGCUGCGAAGAAGGGCUACAAGGGCAUCAAGCUCCUUCGGGUCAUGGACUUCCUUGGCAUGACCGACGGCUUGGGCCCUAUGACCAAGGAGCAGUACAUGGAGCAAGUCGCCGAGGCUCGCAGACAGCUCGAGUCCCAGUUCGGCAACGCCCUUGAGGAGGUUCGCAAGAUGAUCGACACCGACAACGACACCCUCAUGACCUACCGUGGCUUCAUCCGCUUCCUCGAGGUCGACCUCCGCAACAGCCCUGUUGCGGCUCAUGCCACCUCCGGCCACAAGUACCGCAAGGUCGUCAAGGAGGUCGCCAUGAAGAUGAUGAUGCGCGCCGAGUCCUUCACUAAGAUCAUUUUGGCCACCUGCCCCGACUACGUCCGCCUCUCUAUCCACCCUUCCAGCGGUGCUGUCAAGCUUUCGAUGCCUCUGCUUGUUGAGAAGCACAACCCCGAGGGUUUCCCCCGUACUCCCUGGCACAGCUGCAUUGCUGUCUCUCUCGACGGCGGCUACCGCUCCCUGCACGCCCGCGAUGUCAGGGACACUCAUGAUCUGGUCGUGAGAAACGGCCAGCCCUGGUGCUUCCGUGAGAAGUCUGAGCUCUUCGACCUUGGCGAGAAUGUCGAGAUCGAGCACGUCUACCCGUGUGGUAUCGAGGUCAGACCCAAGGAGAGCGGGUCCGGUGCCGUCAACCUCGGCGAGGCGGCGAAGGAGAAGCUGACCAAGCUCGCGAAGCUGCAGCCUGUGAAGGCUAUUGGUUUCGCUGAUGCUUCUGCUUUCUAG